CACGCUGCCGUUUCCUCGGUGACGGCGGCGCUAAACGCGGAAAUACCAACGUGUGGAAAACUUUGCGCAGUUUUGUCUCCUGACGCUGGAUUUGCGCACGAAACAGCGCGUUAAGUGACGCAGGUGAGCGAUUCACAGAAACACGUGAGCGGAACAGAUUGAUAUUUACCUUCCGGAAGCUCUAUGAAGCCGCUGCUAACAGCUAACAGAGAAGCUAACGGCGGAGCUAACUCCAGCAGACACAGGCGGAGGUGCACAGGUUUCCCUGACGUCUGGCCAUCAUCAUCAUCUUCAUCAUCAUCUCAUGGAGCCAGAGGAAGAUGAAUCCCCGCCGUCGCGCGCAGGCCCAAUCGAGGUCGUCAACUCGAUUCGUGAGCGUGCCAUCGCAGAGAACAGCAUGGUGGUCCUGCUGCAGGGUCUCCAGGGGGAGGUGACCACCGUGGACAUGAGGAACGAGAGCACGGCGCGGGGACGCGUGGUGAACGUGGACGCCUACAUGAACGUGCGACUGGAGGAGGUGUUGUACCGGGACCGGCGCGGUCAACUCACACAGCUGCAGGACCUGUUCGUCACGGGCAGGAACGUCCGCUACGUUCACAUCCCGGACCACGUGGACAUCAUGAAGACGAUCCAGAGUCAGCUGACCAAGAUCCACAGGGUGCGCAACUUUGCUGGUGAUGGAGGAGGCAGGAAGGAGUUUGCCAAGAAAAAGAAAUAGACCAAACCUCUGCAGGGUGAAGAGCAGAGAGACGUGGAGGUUACAAGCGGAUCUUUGUGUUUCAGAUUUGAGUCCACACAUCACUCUAGGUCGGGUUAUUUACACUAGAAAUGUGUGGUUUUUUCUGACUUCUUCUGAUGUUUUGUUGUGAAAUUGGGGAUUUGUUCACCUCCUCAGGUCCUUUAAAGCCUUAAAAUGAAACAAUCUGACAAAGAGAACAAACCCCAUUAUGGUAAAACUGCUCCUAACGUGUGUUUAUAUUAAUGUCAUGUUGCUUAUCCAGGUGCAGGUCACGUUAAGUUAAGUUAUAUUUCUCAUUAGGAAUCUUCUUUAGGCUAGAUACAGCCAGGAAGGACAAAAAAGUGAUAAGAUACUAAAGAGGAUGACAGUGAAACAGGUGUUAAAUUUAGUUAUGUUAUAUUUAAAAGUCUUAAGUUCAAACCCUGAUCAAAUGACAAUGUACAGUUUGAGUUGAACUUUGUUUUUGUUUUUUUAUUUUGGUAAUUGCGUCUCAUUGGUCAUUUACCUACAGACAGUUGUUUUGAAAUUAUAAAUAAAGAUGCUCAUCAAUCAAUCAA